AUCCUGGACUUCCAGAAAUGCAGUCCACCAGGGCCUUGGAGUCAACCCGGUCACAGGCAGACAGGUUGGCCACCAUCUGUAAAGGCACCGGGCAGGAGCUGGCUCAUCCUUCCAGCAAACGACAAAACCUGCUGAAAUGUCCCUGAUUAGAGACGGGUUACAUCAAGGAAACUUCCUGCUCGAAGAGAAGCCCUUCCAUUGAAUGAUAUAAGGAAGCUCUACCAUGUAGGGGUGUGAGGAGGUCACCCCCUAUGUCAGGAAGUGGAAAAGCCUGGCAUGAGAAAGUGGGUAGGUUUGUGACCAUUGAGGUGAAAAGCAAGGACAAGUGCACACAUCCACUCUUGGGUAAGCUGCUGGGCACUGUGCAUAAGGCCCUGGGGACCUUGAUGGCCCCUGUGGAGGAGCCAAGACUGGUGCGACAGAGGAGGUGGGACCUACCUUCCAUAUUCUUAUGGCUUGUCAAUCAUUCUUUCUGGACAUGGGUCCAACCAAAAAUAAUAUUUUAAAAGGGAGCCAUCUGUGAGCCUGGGCAUGUCUUCCUGCCUGGAAGGUUCUGGUAACCUCCAGAACCUGGCAGAUAAGAGAAGAAGUCCUUCGGGAUUGGGCCAUGGGGAAGGAGUGAGUGUGGACUCCCCCUGGGCAGAUUAGAUUGGGAAAGGGGAGGGAGAAUCAGAUCUCACACUUAGAAUAUGUUUGGGUGAAAGGAUCAAAGGCCACUGACCUGCCCCUCUGGAAAAGCCUGGCAGGCACAAAGUGCCAUCACCUUUGCCCUGGAGGCCAUGUUGUGCCCUCGCCAGGGCAGCGUGCAUGGGAUGAGAGGGACAUUACAGCCUCUUAGAUUGGCUUUAGGAUGAGGCACCCAUAGGCUUUUGUAUUCCCCUGAGGCCCCUUUGGACUGGGUCAGGACAAAUCCCUGGCCAAGGACGCGACACACUCAAAGCCAAACCGUGGCUGGCAAGUAUUACUGUUGGCGCUAUUACCCACGGGCAGCACCAGCUCUAGCCACAGACAGGAGGGAAAGCUACUGAAUUCCCCUCCUCUCCACCAGCUCCUACCUUCCAGGCACCUUCCCUCCCCAUCUCAGGUUCUGCCUGCACAGAAUUAGGCAGACCUGACCUGGGUCCCUGUGCUCUCUCUGAAGGAGCCUCACCCUGGCCCACGACAAGGAGAAGCAGGAGCCCACAGGCCACAGCGCUCAGUCGGUCUGGUCGCAUGGUCCACUCGCAGGUCCUUUUUGCGCUGCCAGAAGUAAUGGUGCUUUUCACCGAGAGGCUGCCGGGGUCUGUGCGGCUGCAGAUUAGUAGUGCCUCGCCCAGGCCCGGAGUUUGGACUGGGCAGGGCGUAGGCGGGGCGCGCUGGCCUGGGCCAGGAAAGAUGGGCCUGGCACUAGAGCGAGACUGUGCCGUCCAGGUCGCAUGGGGAGCCAGUGGCAAGCAUUCGCAGGCAUGGCCUCUUCCCCCUGCCCCAGCUUCUGCGACACCAGGAACCCUCUCCUCAAACCUGGAGUCGCUACCUUCCCUGUCCUGUAGUCACAGGCCCGACUAUGGUGUUGGGGGAUGGAGAACAGGGAGCAAUAAGCUGUGACUAGAGGAGGGCUUCUCUGAGCGGGUGACGAUCAGCAUCCCCACAGACUUUUGAUCCUGGUGAAGAGAAGGGCUUGAGCGAAGGCAGGGAGGUGCGACUGUGCCCUUCAUCCAGGACGCUCUUCCUUGCUUUCAUGGCCUCACAAUUUACUCGGUCCCCCUUUAUGGCUCGUCAUCCCCUUACAGUUCACGGUCUGAGGGCCUCUGCGGGCUCCUGCCCACUCAGUCAGGGCCCUUCUUUUGAAAUGCACAGGUGACUGUGGCACUCCCUAAGGGCCCCACCCCCACCCCCAUAGCUUUCAAGCUUGACGACAGUUUUUCAUUGUCAUUUAUUCACUUGACAAACACUUAACAAGCGUCUGCAGGUCUGAGCGCUGGGUCCCGGCCCCCCCAGGCCUGUGGUGCAGCGGGGGAGGCAGGAGCGUCACCGGGAGAUUCGGAAACACUGGGAACCCUGCCAGGCUAGAGGCAACCGGCCCGGGCACGGUACGGCACCAGCCUGGCUUCCCGGAGGAAGCGGUGCGGGGACCUCCUCAGACGGCCUUUAGUGGCCCCUGCGUCCCGGCCCCCUACAGGCUCGCAGGACCCAGCGCUGCCCAUGUCCCUUCUCUGCGCCUUUUCUUGAGCGAUCAGCAUUUUCCCCGGUCGGGGCAGCCAGCACGCCGAGGUCACCGCUUCCCUCAAACCCCAGGACAAGUCCCCACAGCCCUGCGUGUCCCUCGCGCCACCCCGUCGUCGCGCCACGCCCCCCGUCCCGUCCCCGGAAGUGCGCUCGCGGGAGCGGAAGUGCCUGCUGAGUAUGGUGGGCAGCGGUUCCGCGAUGGUGGGCGGCGGCGGCCUCCUGGAGAACGCCAACCCCCUCAUCUACCAGCGCUCCGGGGAGCGGCCUGUGACUGCGGGCGAGGAGGAUGAGCAGGUUCCCGACAGCAUCGACGCACGUGAGAUUUUCGAUCUCAUUCGCUCCAUCAAUGACCCGGAGCAUCCACUGACGCUAGAGGAAUUGAACGUAGUAGAGCAAGUCCGGGUUCAGGUUAGCGACCCCGAGAGCACAGUGGCUGUGGCCUUCACGCCCACCAUUCCGCACUGCAGCAUGGCCACCCUUAUUGGCCUGUCCAUCAAGGUCAAACUUCUUCGUUCCCUUCCCCAGCGUUUCAAGAUGGAUGUGCACAUUACACCGGGGACCCAUGCCUCGGAGCAUGCAGUGAACAAGCAGCUUGCAGAUAAGGAGCGGGUGGCAGCUGCCCUGGAGAACACCCACCUCCUGGAGGUUGUGAAUCAGUGCCUGUCAGCCCGCUCCUGAGUCUGGCUUUUGGCCCCCAGCUUGCAUACCGGUAUCCUGGCUCAUGGUCUUGUUUUCUUGAAUCACUGACAAUGAGAAACUAACGUUUUGUAUUAAUAAUAAACUUAAUUUAUAUUCA